AUGAAGUUGCAGAUACAAUAUGCGCGUUUGGUCUUGAAGACAGAAUCGGGUACUACACGCUUGACAACGCUACGAAUAAUGAUACGGCUGUGGAAGCGCUUGCCGCUGAGUUCGAUUUCGACAGGGAAGAGCGUCGCAUCCGCUGCGCCCUCAUUUUCUGAACCUGGCCGUCAGGGCUAUGAUGUACGGCAGCAAAGGGAUAAUUUCAACGAGUUGCUUGCUCAUUGGGGCGAUAAGGACUUUGUGGCUGAAGAGGAAGAGCAGCGCCAGUUGUCCGACGCUAUCAAUGAGCUGGCGACCGACGACGACUUCUGUGUGCCGAGCAUGGAAGAAGGAUUCGAGGUUGAAACAGUCCCAGAAGGCAGUCAGGAUCAGGACGUACUGCCCGACAUCAUCAAUGGCGAAGAAGUGGACAAGUACCGCAAGUUUGGGCCAUUUGGCAAACUUCACAAUAUUGGCAUUGCUCUUCGAACGAGCAGUCAACUUCUCGAGGUCUUUUACGAAGCUCAACGGCAAACCGCUCCUACUGAACCUAUUCUUACGUGGGUUCAAAACGUCUGCACUCGCUGGAUGUUUUCCAUCAUCGAGGAACGAUGGCUUGGCAAAGGCGGCAAAGAACAGGACAAACCAGCGAUACUGAAAGAACAACUUUCCCUUGAAGAAUGGAAGGUCGUUGUUGCGGUUCAGAAGAUCCUUCAGCCAUUCAAGAUCGCCUCGAAGCAACUCCAGGGCGAGGGUAUUGCUGGUAAACGCUCCACGUCAGGAGGUUCAGGAGUUAUAAUCGAAGAGAACGAAGAUCAGACCAUGAAAGAGGUUCACCUGUUCAAUGACAUGGACGCAAGAACUCGCAGGGUUUUGAAGAUUUACAUCAAGCUCGGAUGGAAGAAGCUGAACGACUACUAUAGCAAGCUGACCUCAACCGCAUAUCCAACUCCCGUCUCGUCAGACGUCGGAGUGGGAAAGAACAUAUGCGAGAAGCUUAGCGACAGUCUGGAAAGAGAGGUACAAGAACAUGGCUCAUCGGCAAUCCUGCGAUGGUGUUUCAGCGGAUACGACUAA